CUCUUACCAUUUCGUCCAAGCAAGAGCAAAGCAAUUGCAAUUAGAGAGAGAAACAAAGAAAGAAUAUCUCUUUUCUUUUAAGUUCACUCAUACAAAAAAAAAGAGAGAAAGAAACCAAAAAGAAAUACACAAAAAAAGAAAUGGAUUUUGCUCACUUCUUUCAACACCUUCCAUGGAUCACCAUCUUUGGUCUCCUAGGUAACACAAUUUCUUUCAUGGUCUUCCUUUCUCCAAUUCCAACAUUUUACCGUAUUUACAAGAAGAAAUCAACUGAGGAAUUUCAAAGCAUUCCUUAUGUGAUAGCAUUCUUCAGCUGCAUACUUUGGCUAUUGUAUGCCUUUGUUAAGACUGAUGUGAUCUUCUUGGUCACGAUUAACUCCUUCGGUCUCUUCAUUGAAACCAUCUAUAUUGCUAUCUUCCUCGUCUAUGCCAACAAAAAGACUAGGAUCUCAACUUUCAAGCAAAUCCUUCUAUUCAAUGUUUUCGGAUUUGGUGUUAUUGUCUUCUUUACAAUGGUGAUUGCAAAGACAACCCGUGUUCGACUGCUCAUCCUUGGAUGGAUUUGCCUCAUUUUCUCAUUGUGUGUCUUCGUUGCGCCCCUAGGUGUCAUGAGGAAAGUUAUCCGCACCAAAAGUGUUGAGUACAUGCCAUUCUUCCUCUCAUUCUUCCUUACCAUAAGUGCCGUUGUAUGGUUCUUCUACGGUCUCCUCAAGCAUGACUACUACAUCGCGAUUCCAAAUGUGCUUGGAUUCACCUUCGGAAUUGUGCAAAUGAUCCUCUAUGCCAUAUACCGUAACCCCAAGACAAUCGCAAAAGACAUUGAAGUCGGAAAGACCAAGGAUACCUCAACCGAUCAAAUCAUUAUAGAAGAGCCAGUGAAACCUCAGGCAGCUAAGGCUACAACUACUCCAACCAAUGAUGGACUUUACGCGAUCCAAAUCCCAAACCUUAACAUGCUCAACCUCCACAACAACAACAACGGCGAUGAGCCUAUGAAGAUCAGUGGCCUCAAUAACCAUACUCCACCACCAAUCAGCGUCGCCGUCUAAGCAUUAAUUUCAUGGCAUUACAUGAUCAAUUAGCCUUUGCAUGGGCCGGGUUCGGUGUACGUGACGUCCAUGUAAAAGAUCAACAAGCUAAGUGUAGCUGUCAUGAGGGGCUAUAUGUGCAUCUAGUAUAACCCCAAUUAUUCCUAAAUUCCAUCUCUAUUCCCUCAACUUUCUUUUUAAAUUAUUUUUAACCCCCUCAUUUUUCCUUUUUUUUUUUUUCUAUUUUGAACCAUAAUUUAAUCUUUGUAAUUUUUGUUGCUACAAUAUAAUUAAAUGUCAAUAAAAUCUUUGUAUUUUCACGCUUA